UCCGUUUGGGAACAGUUCGUGCUUAGCGCCGCGAAUUUCAUCAUCAACGGAUACAAAGUUGGAAGGGACAAAGUAGUGUGAUAUCCCCUCCAAAACUUCCCACGAGGACACUUGCUGGCAACGAUCUGUUACUGCUGGAACGUGCAAAUUGUCAGGAUGAGCGCAAAAAUCCCAUCGUUCGACGAGACGCAUUCGGACAAGCUUGCCCGGAAGGCCCGUGAGUCGCCCUUUAUGCCCAUCGGUAUUGCCGGAUUGAUGGCGGUGUGUGCGAUCGGUGCUUACAAAUACAAAAAUCGAGGGGCGAUGUCCACGUCCGUGUUCCUGAUGCAACUGCGAGUGGCCGCACAGGGUACCGUCGUCGCUGCCUUGUCCAUCGGACUGGGCUACACGAUGGCCAACGAGUAUAUUUUUAACAAAAAAGACGAUUAAAUGUGAGGCUUUUUCGAUGCUCAAAGCGAUGUAAAUAAGUAUUAAACAAUAGAAGAAAGUAUAAUUUAUUUACUGUUGAGCCCCUCGUCCGCUAAUCCGAUAUGGAUUCUUCAAAAGAGGAACCAUCCUGAAGUUACUAGUGAUGUGCACCACAUUAACUGUGAUUGAUAUUAUCAGCAUGAAAGAUUGGGCAAGGAAAAGUGCACAAAGCUAGCUAACAACCCCUAGAGUCCUCGUCGCAAUCACAAUUGGAAUGUCUUUGUUGAAUUUAUCAUACUUGUGCGAAAAGUGUUAAACCAAACGAUCGAUUAAAUCUCCAAGGAAGAUUGUGAAACAAAUUUCAUUUGUGCUAUGAAAAUUAAGCCACCCUAAGUGUACAAUAAAAGUUACCAAACGGA